UUAGAGCCUGGAACACGAGUUGUUUAUAAGGUUAUUAUAAAUUAAUUAAUUACGUAUUUAACCGACUACCAUGUCUAAAAAGAAACUUUUCGAUGACGACUCUGAGGAGGAGGUCGCCAUUAAAACGGAGAACGAGUACGCUAAGAAAUAUGACUCAUGGCGUGAAAAAGAAGAACUACACAAGUUAGAACAAAAAUAUGGCUCUAAAGCCCUAGACCCCGACGCGUCAUCAUCGGACAGUGAGGAUGAGAGUGACGAGCCUCCUGAAGUCUCUGAGGAGAUGGAGGCGCAGUUCCUCAAAACUCUCUCAUUGCUGAAGACAAAGGAUCCGCGAAUAUAUGACAGUAAUUUCAAAUGUUUUGAUGAGAAAGAAGAGAAGGUGGAAGAGAAAAAGCUAGAGAUUAGAACUCUAACUUUUGAGGACAGUGAGGAAGACAGUGACAGUGAUGGCAACAUAUUCAAAAUAGAAAAGAAAGCUGAGAUUCUAACCGGAGACACUUUGAAUACUUCAGAUCUAGAUCCUAAGGGAGGAAGAAUACAGGACUACCUAACUGGCAAGACAGAUCACAUACAACAGGAUGUGGAAAAGGACCUGGCGCCACUGAGAGCGCUGUGGUCAGACCCCAAGCUUAACGACGGUGAAGCUUUCCUUCGAGAUUAUAUUUUGAAUAAAAGGUAUCUGGAAGAAGGUGACGCGGGAGAAGCAGAAGAGAAGAUACGUGACGACGAGGAGCUAGAUGAGGACGAGAAGAGAGUGGAGGAGCAGGGCCAGUUCGAGAGAGCUUACAACUUCAGAUUCGAGGAGCCAGACCAGGAAUAUCUGAAACGCUUCCCGCGCACCAUGAACUACAUUCGGCCGAAGGACGAGUCGCGCGCGCGCAAACGCGCCGAAGUGCGCAAGCGCAAAGAGGACGAGAAGAAGCGCAAGAUGGAAGAGAUCGCCAGGAUGAAGGCGCUGAAGCUGAAAGAGAUCCAGGAGAAGAUUGCCAGGAUUAAGGAGGUCACUGGGAAUGAGGAGCUGGCUUUCAAGGAAGAAGAUAUAGAAGGCGAUUUCGAUCCUGAAGAGCACGAUCGCCGAAUGAAAGCUUUGUUCGACGAACAGUUCUAUGGAGAGGCUGAUGACGAGAAGCCUGUGUUCCCAGACCUCGACGAGGAGCUCGAAAUUGAAAACUGGGACAAGUACGAAACAGAGCAUUAUCAUGAGCGCGAGCCGGACGUUCAUAACGAAGACGGUCCGCAUUGUGAGGAUGACGAUUUCAAUAUGGACGCUGACUAUGAUCCCAGGCAAGCCAGAGCGAAUCUUCUGGAAGAAAUACAAAGUACACUCGGCAGCAAGAGACGCAACAGGAAGAAAAAGUCAAAAUUAGCCAAAAUAUUAGAAGAAGAAAAACCUAAAUUCAUUCCCCGCGUUAAUGAUAAAACUUAUAACGAUUAUAUGGAGGAAUAUUACAAGAUGGAUUGCGAAGAUGUGAUUGGUGGGGACUUACCGACGAGGUUUAAAUAUCGAGAAGUCGUGCCGAAUGAUUUUGGACUUACCAUCGAGGAGAUCCUCCUAGCAGACGAUAAAGAAUUAACCCAAUGGGUGCCGCUAAAGAAGAUAGUGAAGCAUAGACCGGUCGAGGUGGAGAAGUCCGAGGUGAAUACUUACCGGAUCAAGGCCUCUGAUGAACGUCUCAAGAAAAAGAUAUUGCCUAGUCUUUUUACGGACUUACCUGAUGAACCCGAAAUAGUAGUUCCUAUUGAAGAAGCGACUAAAAAGAAGAAAAAGAAAAAGAAGAACAAAGACAAUUCCACUGACAAUCCAGAUCAAAGUAUGGAAAUCACUGACGAUAUCCAAUCUAGUAAAGUUCAAAGCAGCGAAAAUACUGAACAGAGUUCUAAAAAGAAGAAAAAGAAACAUCGAGAGGAACACAGUUUGGAUAAAACUGAACCGAGUAACAAUGAUAGUGAGAUUCAUAAUACUGAACCAAAAGAUAAAGAGUAUACUAAAAAGGAAAAACAUAAAAACAGUUCGGAAGUAAAUGAAGACGUUGUACAUAGAGAAAAGCAUAAAAAUUCAGAAAAUCAUGAAGAAAAUACGUCAAAUCUACAGGAGCAUAGACAAAAAGUAGAUAAUAAAAAUAAAAAUCAACUUAAUCACGAAGAGAGCGCAAGGACCAUGCAGGCGACCGAUACUACAGGACUUCAAGUACAAAAUGUAAUCCUAUCAAAUGAAAGUACAAUGAUAAAUGGUGAAGGAAUCAAGAAAAAGAAGAAAAAACACAAAAUCGAUGGUUUCACAGUGGAACGCGUCCAAAAUCAAACUCCAAAGUGA